AUGCAAUCUAACGACGAAACUAGUGUACCGGUAACAGAACUUACAUCGAUGUGCCAAACGAAACAGGACGUAGAUCAAACCAAAGAUGCACAUUAUUCGGGAGACCCUUUUGUGUUCCCUCCCUUUUCAUACCACGAUUCGCGCAAUCCAGAACGCAAUGUUAUGAAAACGGUACCCAACGUUUGUCAUCGUGGCACGCGUAAUCAUCGUGGCAAUAAUGUACACUUUUCUAUGGGAGUGUACGAAAAUGAGACAUCGCCUAAAGCUCACUGCUACACACCGUACGGGCGUAUGCGCCCAUACUUUAUACCGCAUAGAACUCGCACGAAGAGUGAAAGUUCCGACCCAUCGAACUUGCAGCACAGUACUAACUCAGCCACAUCCACUAUCGUAUCUAGUGCGGGUGUGUCAUCCAUACUGAUGGAAACCUGUGAACCUACGGCGGCAAUGAUGGAUGUAUCGAUAAAUGCACCGGGACACGGUGCAGCUAGGUAUUGGAAUCCGGUAGUGGUAUUGAAAAAAGCACGCUCACUGGAGAAUGUACGGGUAGACAACUCGCUCGAGGGUUCACAACAUUCACACGAGAUGGAGUUCGUAUCUAGUCGCAUACAGAAGCUAAUGGUGCAGGAGUAG